CAUCUCUAAACCCUUCCUCUCCUUUACAAGCGUCCGCCAAAACCCUAGAAACUGACACUCCCUCUCUACUAACAUUGACCACCACCAUGUCUGAAGUCGAGCUUUCUCGCUCUGAGAAGAAAAAACACAAGAAAAAAACCCAAGAAACCCAAACAGACGCUAACCCAACAACAGACACUGACAAAGAUUUCAUGAUCAAGCCUCAAAACUUCACCCCAACGAUCGACACUUCACAGUGGCCAAUCCUUUUGAAAAACUAUGACAGACUCAAUGUAAGAACUGGACACUACACUCCACUUCCAUCUGGUCACUCACCACUCAAGCGUCCACUUGCCGAAUACAUCAGGUAUGGUAUUAUGAAUCUUGAUAAACCAGCAAACCCUUCUUCACAUGAAGUUGUUGCUUGGAUUAAGAGGAUUUUACGUGUCGAAAAAACUGGUCAUAGUGGCACAUUAGACCCUAAAGUUACUGGUAAUUUAAUCGUUUGUAUUGAUAGAGCUACUAGACUUGUUAAAUCUCAACAAGGUGCUGGAAAAGAGUAUGUUUGUAUUGCUAGAUUGCAUGAUAAGGUUCCUGACGUUGCGAAAGUAGCGAGAGCGUUAGAGACACUUACUGGGGCGGUUUUUCAGAGGCCGCCCUUGAUUUCUGCUGUUAAAAGACAGCUUAGGAUUAGGACAAUUUAUGAGAGUAAGUUGUUGGAAUAUGAUGCAGAUAGGCAUUUGGUUGUUUUUUGGAUUUCGUGUGAGGCGGGGACUUAUGUUAGGACUAUGUGUGUGCAUUUGGGGUUGAUUCUUGGUGUUGGUGCGCAUAUGCAAGAGUUGAGGAGGGUGAGGUCAGGGAUCUUAGGGGAGAAAGAUAAUAUGGUUACUAUGCAUGAUGUUAUGGAUGCUCAGUGGGUUUAUGAUAAUUAUCGUGAUGAGAGUUACUUGAGGAGAGCUAUUAUGCCUCUUGAAGUGCUUUUGACCAGUUAUAAGAGGUUAGUGGUUAAGGAUUCUGCUGUGAAUGCUAUUUGUUAUGGUGCUAAGUUGAUGAUUCCGGGGCUGUUGAGGUUCGAGAACGAUAUAGAGGCUGGUGAGGAAGUUGUGUUGAUGACUACUAAGGGUGAGGCUGUUGCCCUGGGAAUCGCGGAGAUGACAACUGCUGUUAUGGCUACUUGUGAUCACGGUGUUGUGGCAAAGAUUAAGAGGGUUGUGAUGGAUAGGGAUACUUAUCCGAGGAAAUGGGGGUUGGGGCCAAGGGCUUCGAUAAAGAAGAAGUUGAUUUCCGAGGGGAAGUUGGAUAAGCAUGGGAAGCCAAAUGAGAACACUCCUCAUGAAUGGAUGAGAAAUCUGGUUUUGCCUCCUGGCGGAGAUUCUAUGGUAGCUGGAAUUGCUGCUGCUGCUGCUGAACCAGUUGUGAAGGAGAUUGGUGAAGAGGAGAAGAAGAAAAAGAACAAGGAUGGGGCAGAUGGUGAGGGGCGCAAGCGCAAAUUGAAUGAAAGCUCUGAUAGCCCUGCUGCCCAGGUUCCUGCUAAGAAAACUAAAACAGAAGUUGAAAAUGAAGAGAGUGUCAAGGAUAAGAAGGUGAAGGAAGAGCCUGUGGAGGGAAGUGAUGAUGAGAAAAAGGAGAAGAAGAAGAAGAAAAAGAAGAGUAAAGAGGGUGGCGAGGCUGAAAAGGAAGUGCCAGUGGAGGGAAGUGAAGAUGAGAAGAAAGAGAAAAAGAAGAAAAAGAAGAGUAAGGAGGAUGCUGAAGUGGGAAAUUUAGAAGAAAAGGAGACUGAGAAGUCUGAGAAGAAAAAAAAGAAGAAAGACAAAGGGGCUGAAGAGGCUGCAACCGUUGAUAAUGAAAAAGCUGAUGGUGAGUCUGAUAAAAGUGAGAAGAAGAAGAAGAAGAAAAAGAAGGACAAAGAUGGAGAAGAAGAUUAGACAAGAAAGUCCUAAACGUUUUAUUUUAAGCUGGAUGAAUGGUUUUAGCUGGGCAUGAGGUUGAGGAAGCUCUACAGGAGAUUUCCAGAUGCAGCAAAAGAAUUGGAGCUUGUUUACCUUGCAUGCCCUGGCCACAUUCUAAGCUCAUCUAUUGCAGAAAUGAGAGGCCGUUUUCUGUAGAUAACUUCAGUUUUGGAGUUGCCUCAAACUUUUCAUGGUUCAUGCUGGUUCAAUCCCUACAAUUUUCUGUCAUAAUGUGUAAUUUGUCAUUCUGUGGUUUAGUUCAAGGAUUGUUCUUUA